UUUAAAGAGCCCCGCCCCGCCGGCGAGCGGCCUGCUGGAACCUUUAAGUGCCCCGCUCCAGUUUCCAGCCGGCGCAUUCGCGCUACUGAGCCGGCGCUUGGAGCUACUUCCGACGGCCGCGCUCCGCCCCCGGGCGUCUCCAUUUUGGCCGCAGGAGCCGGGGGCGCCCAUGGCGGGCUUGGAGGUACUGUACGCGUCGGCGGCGCCGGCCAUCACCUGCGCGCAGGACGCGCUCAUCUGCUUUCUGCACUGGGAGGUGGUGACGCACGGCUACUACGUCUUGGGUGUCGGCGACCAGCCAGGUCCCAAUGAUAAGAAAUCAGAACUGCUGCCGGCCGAAUGGAAUAGCAAUAAAGACCUGUAUGCCCUCCGGUAUGAGUCUAAGGACGGGUCCAGAAAGCUCCUUGUGAAGGCUGUCACCGUGGAGAAUAGCAUGAUCAUUAAUGUGCUGGAAAGUGGGUCACAGCAGGUAUCAGAUUUGACCCUGAAUUUGGAUGAUUAUAUCGAUUCAGAACACCUGGCUGACUUCCACAGGACCUACAAGAACAGUGAGGAACUUCGGUCUCGCAUUGUGUCUGGAAUCAUCACACCUAUCCAUGAGCCCUGGGACAAGGCUAGCGUCAGCAGUCCCCACCAGGAGUUUCCACCUGCCACUGCCAGAGAGGUGGACCCCCUCCGAAUUCAGCCACGGCACCCACACACGAGCCGGCAGCCUCCCUGGUGUGAUCCCCUGGGCCCGUUUGCUGUCGGGGGAGAGGACCUGGACCCCUUUGGGUGUCGGAGAGGUGGCAUGAUUGUGGAUCCCCUGAGGUCUGGCUUCCCGAGAGCACUCAUUGACCCAUCCUCAGGCCUCCCAAACCGUCUUCCUCCAGGCGCUGUGCCCCCAGGAGCACGCUUUGACCCCUUUGGACCCAUUGGGACCAGCCCAUCUGGACCUAACCCAGACCAUCUCCCCCCGCCGGGCUUCGAUGACAUGUACCUGUGAAGGCCUCAAGAAUGUAACAGCCCAGCCUUCCCUCCACUGUCCUGGAGCUGCCGCCGCUGGCCCCAUCAGCAACCGUGUUCUUGCGGGCUGGGGGCAAGGGACCCUGCCCAUGUGUUUGCGGGCCGGCUGAGAUCGCCUCCCCACCCCCUGUCAGAGCCAAGGCACCUGCUGCAGCUCUCCACCUGGCUGCAUAUAGGUCCCAAAGAGACAUCAUUGUGUCUUUCUCCCCACCAGCUCCCCCACACUUCUCAAGGGAGACUCCGGCAACAUCUCCCCCCGGCCCGAUGCUGUCCCAGCUGCAGCGCUAUAAGAACAGAACGCAUUUUGGAUGUUACUAUAAGAACCAAAUGUCAAUACAAAAAUCAUGUUGCCAGUCUCCCACUGUUCUUUACUGCCCAGCUCCUUCCAUUUCUGAGACUCGAGGGUUUAAAUCUUUGUGGGGCUAAAUGACUCUUCUACCCACGGCCUGUUCUUGCUUCUUAGGCCCCUUCCCGUCAUAAAUUGCUUUCUUGCUCCUGACAUCACUAAGGUGGGUCCCAGUGUGGUUGCAAGGCUGAAAAUGAGGGGCUGGAAACCCCAUAGGGCCACAAGGAUGACUUUCACAAGGGCAGGCACACUGCAGAAAGCCUGCGUCAUUCUGAGAAGGGCAGCAUCCUCCAGUCCCGCCUGUGCGCACAUCCUCCGGUCCGUCUGUGCCUGGACGAUGGCAGCCUCUAAGCAGAAGAAUAAACAGACCUGAAGGCUGAUCUCAUUUCUGCCACUGACUUACUGAGCUGACCUGAAGGGCUUUCCCCUCCCAGGGCUUUCUUGUUGCCUUUUAAAUCUGAGGGGCCCUUCCUACUCUAAAACAUUCUGGUGUCUGCUUCUGUGUGUAGCCACCUCCAGAAAUGGGGGCAAAGGAAGGAAUGAAGUUUCGAGGCUCUGUAUGGCACUUACCUACAGAGUAACUCAGUGCCCCUCGGGGCCCGGACAAGAAGAGCCGAGGAACGUGGGCUCCAUCUGGGUAUGGUAUUGAACUCUGGCAGGAGCAGGGAGCCCAGCCUCUGGACACCAAUGGCUGGGGUGGAUGGAGUAGCUAGUGAAGCAAGAAAGCACUCAGGAGGGACUUUCACCCCCAGGGAGCCCCAGCCUCUAGAAGCCUGUGGCCUUUGUCCAGGCCCGCCUGACCUCUGGUGUUCUCCGGAUCCUUUUCAGCCCGAGGCCUGACAGACGUGGUCAGUGAUGAACCCCUGUGCUGGAGUGGAAAGAGCACAAUAGAGCACCAGGCUCAGAGGCAAGAGAUCAAGGCACUAGUCACUUUCCCUCCACAACUAGCAGUUCAUCCAUGGGUGGGUCAUUUUACUUCUCAGCUCCUUGGGUUCUUUCCCUGUAUUAGGGCAUACUAUUUAUGGGCAGAGGGUAGGUUACCAGAGCCUUCCUGAGGUGUGUGCUAAUAUGCUAUAGCCUGGGACUGCCUGUCUGAGUGUGGGUUAGGGGUACACUAAACUGGGGCCUGGGUGGGGGAGGCUAGCAUGAGCAGGCUCCCCGGGCAUUUCUGGCAGACCCCAUCUCAAGCACUGAUUCAGUAGAAGACCACCUCACAGCCUUGAGAACAUUUCUGCUCUGGAGAGAGACUCAGAGAUUGGGCAGAGCUACGAAUGCAAUCACCAGUCAUAGUCUUCUUCCUCAGGGGCCUGCGAAUGGGUGGAAUGUUUUUGUUUUGGAAUUGGUUCAUACCUGCUACGGAAAGGACUUGGGGCACUUUGGUCACAGGAGCAUCCUUUAUUAUGAAAGGAAGCAUUUAAAGAAACAUCACACUAGAAACCAUCAGACAAGCGGGGAAAGUGGAUCACUUUUAGAACCAUGUUUUGAGGAAAAGAUGAUUGGAACAAUAGAUUUGCCACGUAGGUUUUCUAGUAGCAAAGGUUGAAAGGAUGGUCUUAGACAUAAUUCUGUUUUCUGAGAACAGAAACUUCAUGACUUUCAUCUGCAGAAUCAGCCAUUUUUUGCAUGGGUCUUCUUGUAUCAAGGACACUGAGGAACACAGACAAUGUCUUAGUUGUGUGGGGGGAGGUGAACAGGGCCUUCAGCAGCUUCCACAUCAUGCUGCCACUUCCCUCCUUCCAGCCAUGAGCAGUCCCCAGGCAGCCAGCGGGAAUGGUUGCGGGUAUGUCUUGUGGAACUCGAAAGGUGGAAGCCUAACAAUAAAAUCAGCACUCAAUA